UCCGACAUGACGUGUAGACGGGAAAUGGCCACGCAGGCGAGCGGAAUCACAACAUUGCGUGUUUCUGCGUGUUUGUGCGUGUCUGUGCGUGUCUCUGCUGCUCGUUUUCGGUUCAUUUCAGCUCUUUAACGCCACUCUUCCCGCCACUGUCAUCUCUAACCAUGUCGUAGGAGCUCAGGUCCCGGUCAAAGUGAAUCACCGAGCUCGCUGUGCGAUGGAAACAUGCCGCUGCUCGGUGUCAGAGCUAACGACCAGCCGACACUAGCAGGCUGUCACCGAGCAAAAUGACACGAAGACGAACAAGCAGCAUGUGACACACACACACACACACUCUGGGUUUCAAACAUGCCUCGUCUGGAAGAGUUGGCCAACGUCGCCCUCAGGGUUCCGAGCAUCCUGGUUCUGGACCUGCUGUACAAGUGUGACAUAGAAGGACUGACGGAUCACCUGAAGGCCAAGAACGAAGACAUGCUCUUCAAGUAUAAAUAUGUCAUCUGGAACAUGUACUACCUUGGUCAUCUGGUGAACGUGGUGGUGCUGGUUCUGCCAUUGAGACACAUUGUGACGCUCUACCUCCACAUCCUCGCUGCCCUUCUUCUGUACAUGGGGCAUCAGAUUUCCAAGGAUUAUGUUCGUGAGGAGCUGCAGUACGGAUACGAAGGAGCUGUGUACCUGGAUUCUCUGGCCUUCAAUAGAUUUGUCUCUGCGAUGACGAGUCAGAUUAUUCUCAGCACGCUGUGUGCCUUCCUGAUGAAGACCAGAAAGGUGUGGCUGUUCUCCGCUCACAUGCUCCCCCUGCUGGCCCGACUCUGCACUGCUCCCCACGCCACUCUCUUAACGGUCAACACGUUCUCGAUGGGCCUGACCGGAGCAGGAAUCACCCUGUUCCUCCUCUCGCAUAUCUUUCUGCCAUACCGCCUCGCGAGGGCUGCGUACUCCGAGCUGCUGCAGCUGGAGGUGAUCGAGCUGUACAGACUUCUGGCUGUGGGAAUCUCUCUGUGGAACCAGUUUGCCGUCCCGGUGCUCUUCAGUGUCUUCUGGUUUGUUCUGUUUGUCGUCCAGCUGUGCUCAGACACCAUGUCAGGCAACGCCUCAGCGAGCCAUCAGGGAAUCAUGUUCUUCCUGCUCACAAGUGUCUCUGAAUGUUGUGCCACACCGUACUCUCUUCUGGGUCUGACCUUCGUGGUGUCCUAUCUCGCUCUCGGACUGCUCAACCUAUGCAAGUUCUACCUGGGAGGAUAUGUGGCUGUUCAGAACGAGAACGUCAUGCACAGAGGUGUGACCGAGGGCGUCACUCUGCUGCUGCUCGCCCUUCAGACGGGCCUGUUAGACAUGCAGGCGCUGCAGCGCACCUUCCUCCUCAGCAUCAUCCUCUUCAUCGUGGUCACCUCAACCCUGCAGUCCAUGAUCGAAAUCACAGAUCCAGUUAUUCUGGCCCUGGGUGCAUCCCGCAACAGGAGUGUGUGGAAACACUUCCGCGGCCUCAGCAUGUGUCUGCUUCUGCUGGUUUUCCCGGUUUUCAUGGCUUAUAAAAUCUCCCAGUUCUUCCACAUGGACUUCUGGCUCCUUAUACUGGUGUCUAGCUGCAUGCUGACUUCCCUUCAGGUCACAGGCACCAUGCUGAUCUACACCCUCUUCAUGGUGGAGCUGUUUCGCAGCGACCCGAUCGAGAGCCUGGACGAGGUGAUCUACUGGGUGAACGCCGUCAGCAGGGUGCUGGAGUUCGUGGUGGCGCUCUGCGUGGUAGCGUACGGCACCUGGGAGUCGCUGUUCGGGGAGUGGAGCUGGAUGGGCGCCUCCGUCAUUAUCAUCCACUCGUACUUCAACGUCUGGCUCCGAGCUCAGUCGGGAUGGAGGAGCUUCCUGCUCAGACAGGAAGCGGCCAAGAAGAUCAACUCCCUCCCGAGGGCGACGGCUCAACAGCUGCAGCAACACAACGACGUCUGCUCCAUCUGCUUCCAGGAAAUGAGCUCUGCUGUCAUCACAUACUGCGGACAUUUCUUCCAUGGCAACUGCCUCCGCAAGUGGCUGUACGUGCAGGAGACCUGCCCCAUGUGCCACCAGACGGUGCGACCCACCCCGCCGGGUCCGAGCCAGGCUUCAGGCGGCGACGCUCCGGCAGCUCCGACUCAGAGACCAGAACCGCCCGCACAGGAGGCAGAUCAGAGCCAGGAUGACGGCGGCUCAUCUCCAGAGACACAAAGCGAAGCUGUAGCUCCUGAUCCGGCCGAGCAGCAGCAGCAGCAGGAAGAGACGGAAAGGUUUGUGGAUGGAGGCUGUGGGACAGAAGAUAAAGACCAGACAGCUGAACCUGACGGGGAAGCUGCGCAUGGUCUUCGUUUCAGCUCCAACGGGGACUUUGUUGGAUUUGUCAGCCCGGUGUCAGGCUGCUCGUCAGGGGGCGUUUCUAGCUCCCAUGUGCUGCGUCCUAACGUGCACAACCACAGCACAGACUCACUGCUGCUGUCAGCUCCUGAUGGUGCGAACACGGUGGACGGCCGGUCUGACUCCAGUGGAGCAGAGUUUAAGGUUACCUUUUGUCCUAGACUGCCGCUAAACGGCGACAGCUGUGACGUGACGCCUGAAUCACGCAACAGCAGCGCUCAUAGCAAUCUUGAGGCAUCCGGUAUGAGCCUUGAUAGCCAAACGUCUGUCAGAUCAUGUAAAGAAAACUCAGAACUCUUAGACUGCAUCGACGAUCCUCACACUCAUAAAGGUAACGGCGUUUAUUCAGAUUUGGACCUGGAAACUGUCCCACGGGUCCCUCGGCUGUCCCCGUCAGACGCCACCUUCUCCUGCACAAACAACAGUGACUGACUGCCCUGCAUCAGUGCCUUGGAGGUGUGGAAGAGGGCGAUCCUCCACACUGGGUGGAGCAUUAAGCACAUUUGCCUUCUCUCUGUGAACCAAUAGAAAAAGAGCGUAUCUUUUGCUGCAGGUGAGCAAAGAUCGGGACUGAAUCAUGUCGGCGUGACUGUAAAGAAAAUGUCAAAAAAUCUAAUUUAUAGAAAUUAUGUGUAACUAUGAAGCAAAUAUCAUGAUACAGGUUACAGUAAAGAUGUUUACUUAGAGAAUUAAAUGAUUUAUUUUAAUGUUCUCCCCGCGUCCUGAUCAGACUCUCGAGAAAAAAGCUUCAGCACUCGUCUUUAUUAUUCACAGAUCAGCCUUUUGUACUGCACAGGUCCCAUCGCCCAGUAUUUAAUUACUGAUGUGAACGUGUACCUUUUUUUUUUUUUUAACUGUAGUUUCUGUAUAAAUGAAUAAAAUCAUGACCGGUACACGCUGAGGCUGACAGAUUCGGCCUCACGCUGAGAGAAUCCAGAUGAUGUUUGUGGGUGAUUUGUUGAUUUGGAGGUAAUAAAUUAUUCGAUGUCACAAUCAUCUGCAGUAAAAUAUCAUCAGAAUACUU